AUGUCGGCUAUCGGUUCGGGAGGUUUCGGAACUGUAUUCAAAGUAAAGCAUAAACUCAAGGAUCACAUAUAUGCCGUCAAAUGUUUACAAAUUUAUAAAGAAGCGAAAAAGUUAAGUAAAUUGAGUCCAGAUUUUGUGGUCCAGUAUUACAACUCGUGGAAUGAAAGCAAACACCUCUACAUUCAAAUGGAGUUCUGUUCACAGAAUUUACAGAAUAUUCUUGAAGUGAAACCAGAAGUAUUUGGUCGACAUUUAGGAGAAUCUAUGGAUUGCGUCGAAGACCUCAAACCAGAAAACAUAUUAAUUGCUGAAAAUAUAAGGAACGGUAGAUUUGUUAAAUUAUGUGACUUUGGAUUAGCUGUAGAGCACAUGACUGCAUCUCAGAGUCACUCUAAAAAUAAGGGAACUCCAAAAUAUAUGGCCCCAGAAUUGUAUCGAUCAAAGUAUACAAUAAAAGCAGACAUUUAUAGUUUGGAGAGGGUGAGCUGGAUAAAUACAAAACAGGUCCACUUCACCUGA